AUGCUUGCCGCGACGUCGUUCGGGUGGGUGGCCAAGCAGAUCGACCUGCUGACGGGCGACAAGGCUCGAAGUGCGGUGAGCAUCGAGAACAUCAAGGCAAAGGGUUUGAAGUCGCUCCGUGAUAGCAUGGUCGAGUACAACUGCAAACGCGUCGCCGAAAAACGAUCUGCGGCGCCGACUUCAGGAGCCGUUGGAACCGCCGACAGUGCGAUUGAUGACGACGGCGCCGAAAGUCAGACGGCGCCCCAGGCAGCAGCUGCCGACCAGCACCAGCUGGACUUGCCGGUGUCCAGAGGAGGCGACGCCGCGGCAGGUGCAGGAGGAGGAGGAGGCGACGCCGCGGCAGGUGCAGGAAGGAAGGUUCAAGAUUCGGAGUCGUCGGAUUCGGACUCAGAGUCGGAGUCGGAGGGGGAGGAGGAGGACGAGGCGGCGAAAGAGAAGAAGGUCGAGGAGGAUCACGAAGAGGAGGAGGAGGAGGAGGAGGAGGAGGACGAGGACGAGAACGAUGAGGUGGUGGAGGUUGAGGAAGGGAUGGAUGAGGCGGAGAACGACGAGGAGGGGGUGGAGGCCGAGGUGCAGUACGAGCUGCAGUACGAAGACGGUACGGUUGUGGCGUUGGGGUCGGCGGAUGAAAAGAAUGAGGAAGCGGAGGAUGGCGAUGUGGGUAAUGCUACGAGGUCGGCAGAAGAUGGGGGGAAGGAGAAGGAUGAGGUCGGCGCGGAGGCAACGACGGAACAGGGCCAGGAGGAGGCGGCAUGCGAAGGUGCGAAGGUGUCGGUCGACGCCGGCGAAAGGGCGAACAUCACGGGCAUGCAGGAGACGGAGGAAGCAUCUGGUCGGCAGGGCUCUGAACAGGUCGACGUCGAGGAAUUGCGACGGGAGAACUUGCUGUUGAGGGCGGAGAACGCUCGGCUGACGGCGUUGCUCGAUGAGGAGCAGGCUCGGCUGGACAGGUUUUUUGUUGGGCUACGUGGACUCGUCGACCACCUGAAAGAGUUGGCCGAUCAGGUCGACAACACCGACAAGUUUGCGGCGGAACAGCUGCGAAACGCGGCGGAGGCCAUGUCGCAGACCAUCACGGGCAACAUCACCGGCAGCUUCGACGAAGCGUGGAAGACGAUGAAGACCUUCGCGGAACAGGCGUCGGCGUGGUUGGAGGACUUCGACAAUCCGGAGGGUCGUGUGGCAUGUGCACGCGCUGAAGCUGUCGACGCCUUGGCCGAGCACGUGGAUGGGGUGGUGGGCGCUGCGAGGCGGGGUUUGGAGCUGUACAUCACGACGCAACUAUCCGCCGCGCAGGUCAACAUCGCCACCGCUGUGACCUCCAGGCUCCCCGUGCAGCCGCCGCCACCGCCUCAGCCCACGCCGCCCGCCCUCCCGGAAGAGCUCUUGAAGUCGUUCAAGGCCGACAUCAUGAAGACGGUGACGGAGGCCACCCAGCAGUCGUUCGUUGCUUCCGGGAUGAAGAUGUUGACCGAGAUGAUCGGCACGGUGGCGCCUGGUCGACGUGGGUCGUCGCCGUCGGCCAAUGACGCAGAUCAAGCGCAAAGGAGGGCGGCCGACAAGCAGGGCGAGAAGAGGACGGGCGACGGAGACGACAAGGAGAGCGUGAAGCGGAGCAAGGGAUCGGACGGGAGCCGCGGCACGAAGCCUCCUGCUCAGAGCGUGGUCGAACAGCUAAAGUCGAAGGCGUGGUGGAAGGUGAUAAGGACGUCGAACAGCAAGGGAAGCAGAAGCGGGAAGGCAGAGGGUGGCCCUGCCGACGGGGUUGCCGCUAACGUCGCUGCACCGCCUGGCCCGCCUUUGGUCGCCGAGCAGACCAAACCGCAGGCGACCUCCGGGAAAGGCGUGACCGACAAGGAGGCCCCUACUGCUCAGGCGACGAACGACGGCGGCGCCGGAACCACCAAGGGACCGUCCGUCGCGGUGGCGGCCAAGGGCAACGCGAAGGCCGCCUCUGCCAAGUCGAUUCCCCGUAAGUCCCCAGCGGCUACCCCCGCGCCGGCCGGCAAGUCAGGCGCCAACAACGAUGGGCCGGCCAUUGCGGCCCCUCCGGCAAAGUAUACCUCAGCGGACGAAAACUGCCGCCCAGCAGCACCAACUGCCGACAAGGGCGACGCGACGGCUGCUGCGGCUAAGCCCGAAGGUCCGUCACCUGCUAAGGUGCCCGCCGGCAGUAACACGCUCAGGGAGAUGCUCCGCCGCAUGGAUGCGGAUCGCAGGGACGUGCAGCAGCCUCCAGUGGUCGACGCCGCCCUUGCCGAAACAGCACGUCGCUCAGGCACUUCGCAGGUUGUCGGCAAAUCGACCGGUGCCCCACCUGCCGUGCCUCAAGUCGCCGCCCCACCGCCCGCGGAACCCAAAUCCGCCAAACGGCCCGAGCAUGCCCCAGCACUGGCCAUCAUGGACACGGCACAUGCGGAACCGUCGGGGACCCAUGGUGGGGGUUCGGCAAAGCCGACGGCUGCAACGGCUGCUGUCGCCGAGGGAAAUGCGGGACGGAAGGGGAAGGACGACAACGGGAAAGGGAAGGCGGUCUCGCAGAAGAGCACGCGGGCGAUGUCGGCGGGGAAUGAGAUGUCGGAAGAGAAAGGGAAGAAGCCGACACGGAAUCAGGACAAGACGGGCGGCAAACAUAAGCCGGCGAAGAGGAAGGCGAAGGCGGAAGAGGAGGAGGAGGAGGAGGAGGAGGAGGAGGAGGAGGAGGAGGAGGAGGAGGAGGAGGAGGAGGAGGAGGAGGGGGAGGAGGAGGAAGGGCAUGGACGCCGGGGUCAUGGCAUCCGCCGAGACAGGUCUGACGACGGGCUUGGGUGGGUGGGCGAGAUCAAGACUAAGGGCCAGAAUCGGUACAUCGGCAAGUCGUGCGCUAAGAUGGAGCUGGCCUACGAGCACGCGAUUGCGUACUUGCUCUACGACGGCUACGUGAGCAAGGUGCUGACGAAGGAGCUCACCGUCUUGAAGCCGGGGCAGUUGGAUGAAUGGAAGGCGGUAUGGGAGGAGCUCAGGUUCCUGUCGACCGGGAUGUGGACGGUGAUGUGGGCCAGAGGCUUGUGCCAUCCGAGAGCAAGGUUCGACGAUAUACUCGGCAGGUACCGUGGGUACGCGAGCUCGGGUGAUGCGCUUCAUGACGUGCUCUGGCCGGCGAUAUGGUUCCCCAUCAUCGAAGACACGGAGGCAGGCAAGGCGGAGACAACCGCUCUCUUGUCGGCGAUGGUAAAUCGCGUGUCGAUGUGCGCGGCGUAUGGGAAGGUUGCGGCGAGCGUGGCGUUUGGGAAGGUCGACGCGAGCGCGGAGGGGAAGGCGGGUGAGAACGCGGAGAUGGAAGGCGCGGAGGGUAAGGCGGACGAGAAGACGGAGAUGGGGGCCCAGGCGUUAGCGGCAUCUGCAUGCGCCCUCUGGUGCUACAUGUCGACGGGUGCGUCGGUGCUCGGUGCUGUGGGCGAAGGGAAGGCGGCCGCGAUGGUGGCAGGUGCAGGGGAGGAGAGGGCCGAGCGCUUCAAGAAGGUCAUGCACUUGGUUUUCGACUUUGCAAAAAGUCGGAAGGCUCCCGCGGGGGAGGUUGCACAUAACGUCGCGCCAGAGCUGCAGCGCUAUGGAGUGGCCAGGGCCUUCGAGGCGGGAAUUGAGGAAGUCGAGGCCGACAUGAUCGCAAGAGCGACGGUCGAGACCUUGGCGUUCUGGGGAAUGUGCCCCGUCGCCGGGCCCAAGCUCAAAGCGGAGGGCAUCGAUGUGCCGUGUGACGCGAAGAUGGAGUACGAUCUGGAGCACAGGGGGAGGAAGGGUGAGAAGGUCAAGCAGGGCAAGGGCAGCAAGAGGAAGAAGACGAAGGCGGAGAAGCAGGCGAAGGACAGUACGGAUGCGUAG